UCAAAUGCUCAUGGUAGCAAUGUCUUGGGAAAGAGGAUAUUCCUAUACUCAACAUAGUUAAAAAGGGAAGCACGCAUAGUAGCAACAGUUUGUGGCUUUGGCAGCCAUUUUUCUCUCCUCCUUCCCCCAGAUUUUCUCCCCAUCCAAACAAGCAAUGGAAGCCAUGAAUGGCUGGCUCUACUUCCCCAUCCACGAGCGCAGCCUCAGCCAAGAAGACCUUGCCAUUCGCCGGUUUUGUCCAGCCCGAGUCCUUGAGCAAGAACAAGCUGCAGGGGAGCCUUGGGAGGAGACUCUGAUGACUGAGAUUGAGCUUCUACGGUCUCCCGCAGAUACAACCUCUGAGGAGGAAGAGUUCGUUGAUAGCUUCUUCAACAUGGAUUGCUACGACCAGGAUACCCGCAAAUUCCCGGAGAAGAAUGAGGUGUUUGGUCAAAACUUUCAAGAUCUUGGAGACUUGUCAAUGGUGAAUGAUGAGUUUGGAGACAUUUCAAUGAUGUUUGAAGGAGAUGAAUUGGAGAUGAUGAGUUGUUCUUUUGACGAUGAUCCUCAGACUAUGCCGGCUAAAACCCGGGAAGAGGCGAUGGCCUGCAGCUAUGGGGUGGACCAGGGGCUUCACCUGGUGCAUCUGCUGCUGGCUUGCGCCGAGGCAGUGGGGUGCCGCGACACUCAGCUAGCAGACUCGAUGCUUGGUCAAAUCUGGCCCUCGGUGAGCCCUUGGGGGGACUCGUUGCAACGAGUAUCGUAUUGCUUCGCCACGGGGCUGAAGUCUAGGCUAUCCCUUCUUCACAAGCUCAAUGCCAAUGGUACAUUCUCAAAUGCUGCUGCCAUGGAAGCCUCCUUGAUCACUAAGGAGGAGAAGAUGGAGGCUUUUCAAUUGCUUCACCAAGCAACUCCUUACAUUGCUUUUGGCUUCAUGGCUGCCAAUGAUGCCAUAUCACAGGCCGCACAAGGGAAGGAUUUCUUGCACAUUGUUGAUCUAGGAAUGGAACACACUCUUCAAUGGCCUUCAUUGAUAAGAGCCUUGGCUUCCAGAGCAGAGGGAGCCCCUAAAUCGCUGCGAAUCACCGGCAUAGUUGGAGCUCAUCAGAACUGUUUGGCGCUCAAAGCCAGCAUCGAAAGCCUCAUCGAUGAGUCGAGUUCACUCGGAAUUCCUCUAGAGCUCCAUCUGAUAGAAGAGCCGGCAUCACCGGCCCUGCUAACGAAAGAGAAGCUCAAUUUGAGAGAAGGAGAAGCACUGUUUGUGAACAGCAUCAUGCAUUUGCACGAGUAUGUGAAAGAAAGCAGAGGCUCACUCAAAACAGUCCUCCAAGCAAUCAGGAAACUGGGGCCAAUUGUGCUCACAGUGGUGGAACAAGAUGCCAACCACAACGGCCCCUUCUUCCUCGGCCGAUUCCUCGAAUCGCUUCACUACUACUCGGCCAUUUUCGACGCGCUGGAGGCCAGCCUGCCAAGAAACAGCCCCCAGAGGAUGAAGAUUGAGAAACUUCACUUUGCAGAGGAAAUUAGAAACAUUGUGGCUUUCGAGGGCUCGGAUAGGAUUGAGAGGCACGAGAGGGCGGACCAGUGGAGGCGGCAGCUAGGCCGGGCCGGGUUUCAGGCGGUGGGGUUGAAGGGCAUGAGCCAAGCCAGGAUGAUGCUGGCUGUGUAUGGCUGUGAUGGCUACACACUUACUAGUGACAAGGGCUGCCUCCUUCUAGGCUGGAAAGGGAGGCCUAUAAUGCUGGCAUCUGCCUGGCAAGUGCCAUCAGAUCAUUCUAAGGUUUCCAUUUCCAAUUAAUUCAAUGCUUUCAUUCCUCUGCUCUCAUAGAUCAUUCAUUUGACCUCAAUUAAUCAAUAGGAAAGGAAGAACAAGCACAAGCUUGGUUCAUUAUACCAGUUGGCAAAAAUUCCAGUCAUUUUCUAAGGGAACUUUCCCAGGAAAUGCUUGCUUCUUGGAGAAGCUGUAAUAUUUCAUGAUAGCCAACUAUUGGGAUAGCUUUGAUUUGGAACUUUGGUUUUUUAUUUUUUUUUCUCAG